AUGGGUUGUCUCUGCGAAUUCUACAGGAGGAUGAAACCUCAAGACUCUCAGAAUAGCAACCAGAAAGCAGAGACAGCAUUAGCAUUGUUCGCUCUUCUUCGUAGAGGGUACAGAGAUGGUAUAUCAGCAAAGGCCUUUUUGGAAGAGCUUGGGCGAAUCGUAGUUGAUGAUCGAGUAGGCGAGCAAAAAGAGGCUGAAGCUGUCACUAACAAGAUUCCAGAGCUGGGAUCUGAAGCUCAUGUCAGCAACAAAGUUCCGCUGCAAGCAUCAAGAGACACCAACAAUGGAAACAAGGCUAGGGACAAAGUCAGUGAGCUAGAUAGCAGAGCCAUGGAAGAUCAUUGCUCUACAUAUGGAGCAACCACCUAUCAUGAAGAUCAAGAUAGUAAGCAAAAAGAGGCUGUCACUGACAAGAUUCCAGAGCUGGGAUCUGAAGCUCAUGUCAGCAACAAAGUUCCGCUGCAAGCAUCAAGAGACACCAACAAUGGAAACAAGUCUAGGGACAAAGUCAGCGAGCUAGAUAGCAGAGCCAUGGAAGAUCUUUGCUCUACAGAUGGAGCAACCAUUCAUCAUGAAGAUCGAGUUAGCGAGCAAAAAGGGGCAGGAGAUGUCACUAACAAGAUUCCAGAGCUGGGAUCUGCAGUUGUCAGCAACCAAGUUCCGGUGCCAGCAUCAGCAGGAGCUACAAACAACGAAGGUCCACGAAACGAGUCUAGGGACACAACCGGCGAGCUAGAUAGUAGAGAGAUGGAAGAUGGCUACUCUACAGACGGAGCAUCCAUUCAUGAGACGCUCUUGGCAGAUCGAGUUAGCGAGCAAAAAGGGGCUGGAGCUGUCACUAACAAGAUUCCAGAGCAAGUACCUGAAGCUCAUGUCAGCAACAAAGUACCGCUGCAAGCAUCAAGAGACACCAACAAUGGAAACAAGGCUAGGGACAAAGUCAGCGAGCUAGAUAGCAGAGCCAUGGAAGAUCAUUGCUCUACAGAUGGAGCAACCACCCAUGCAGGUAUGUCCUUGUCAAGCAAGGCAUCCAACGAUGCGCUGGUCAGACCCAUCUUUGAGUACGCCAGUAGUUCAUGGGACGGGACAUCCUUCUCAUCGAAUCGAUACAACGGAAGACCGCCUGAUUCUGAAUGA